AUGAAUUCAAAUUCAUCUUCCAAAGCUCGUUAUCGUAUUGUGAAAGGUUUGAAAAAACUUCUUAUGGGUUAUUUUACUGAAUAUGAAACACCAAAAUUAGUUUCAAUACAUAGUGCAAAAUAUGCUGGUAUACUUCGCAUUAUACAAAUCAUUGUUCUUAUUUAUUCUACAAUUUAUUUACUUAUAUAUGAAAAAGGUUAUCAAAAACAAAGUACAACAAUCACAUCAUCGGUAACACUUAAAGUAAAAGGCAUUGGUUAUGCUCAUACGCUAGAAAAUAAAACACUGAUUAUUGAUGGAGCAGAUUAUAUUAUUCCACCAUCAGAAAAUAAUGCUAUAUUUAUAAUGUCAAAUUUUGUUCAAACUGAUCAAACACGAACUAAAUGUGCUGAAAAUAUAAAAGUUAAAGAAGCAAUCUGUCACAAUGAUAGUCAAUGUUUCAAUAAAUCAUUCACACCAAAUAUGAAUGGACGUUGGACAGGUCGAUGUUUAUUAUCACCAGAAAAAGAUAUUGGCAAUGAGACAACAAAUAUUACAAAAACUAGAACGGGUUUAUGUGAAUAUGCAGGUUGGUGCCCAUCAGAAGAUGAUCUUACAUCGACAAAGCUUGUUCAAGGAGUUCUUGAUUUUACAAUAUUUAUUAAAAAUUUCAUUGAAUUUCCAAUGUUUCAGAUUAAGCAUAAAAAUAUGGUUGAUAGUUUAAAAAAACCAUGUAUUUUUCAUCCAGAAUAUCAGAAAGAUUGUCCGAUAUUUAGUAUUGAUUAUAUAAUGAGUGAAGCGGAAAAAAAUACAACUGAACGUAAUUUAAUGUUACGUUAUGGUGGUGUUAUAAGUAUUAAGAUUGAUUGGGAUUGCAAUUUAGAUCGAAAUAUAAAAUUAUGUAAACCUCAAUAUUCAUUUGCUCGUCUUGAUGUACCUUUUUAUGAAAAACCAUUUUCAAUGGGUUUUAAUUUUCGUUAUGCUUCUUAUUGGAAACAUAAUAGGAAAUAUUUUCGUUCAUUAACAAAAGCUUAUGGUCUUCGUCUAAUAAUGUCUAUUAGUGGUAAAGCUGGAAAAUUUGAUUUUAUUACAUUAACUUUAAAUAUUGGUUCAUUAGUCGGACUCUUUGGUUUAGGAACAAUUGUUUGUGAUAUUCUUUUACUUCAUUUAUCAAAAAAUGCACGAACUUACCGAAAUUUUGUGUUUGAAAUUGUUCAUUUACGAACACGUGCUUCCAGUGCAGUAACAGUGCCAAAAAGAUUUGUUCAAGAAAAUGAUGAUGACUAUUGGAAUUCCAACUCAAAUGCACAAUCAGAAUUAUCAUAUAGAACACCUGGUGAUAGUCCAGUACUUCCAGGAAAAACAGUUACUAUGGGUGCAGUCACUUUUAUUAAUCCGAUUCAAUCAACAUGUUGA